ACAUACCUAAAUUUAUAAAGAUUAAUUACAGUUUUAAUUGGAUAAACUGGAGGAUUAUCUUAAUUCUUUUAUUAAUUUUAUGCUGUAGUGUGUAUAUAAUGUGAGAUGUUAAGACUACUGAUCAAAGUUUUUCAACCGCUAUAUACAACAGAUGUGAAUUGACUAAUUUAUUUAAUAAAUAGGAUAUUCGGACAAACAACAUACAUAUUUAGUUAAAUAGAGAACUUUGAUAAAAUAUUAAGCUUGAUCAGGUUCCUAAAUAUACCCGUUACAGGGAUCGUACCUUUAUAAGCAACGCGAUUUAAUGAUUUUAUUCAGCUAUGAAUGAAACAGAGAAAGAUCUUGAAGACUUUAUACAGUACAAUAUAGGGAACUUUCUUUGGAUUUAUGUUUCACCCAUUCUUAUUAUAUUGGGCACUUUUGGUAAUGUUAUGUCCAUAUGUGUCCUCCUGCGUCCAAAAUUUCGCUUUUCAACAGCAAUGUUUUACCUGACCUGUUUAAGUUUUGGUGAUUUAUUUACACUGUACACUGGAUUGCUACGUUACUGGAUAAUAAAAGCUUUCGAUGUGGAUGUGAGGAGUUUUUCCAACGCUUCUUGCAAGAUUCACGCGUUCUUAGUCUACUUAUCCCUGGAUUUCACCGUCUGGGUUCUGGUCACCGUGACCAUAGAUAGAUUUUUAUCGGUAUUCGUUCCAUUCAAAGCACGGAUUUUGUGCACAUUGAAAAGAUCAGGCUUGGUAAUAGCCGUGAUUAUUUUUCUCUUGGUCGUGAAGAACAUGCAUUUCUUUUGGAACGUGGAGCUUGCCGGAUCCUUGGAAAUAAGGUGUGGUAGCAAACCAAAUGAUUUUAUGAAAGAUAUUUGGCAUUGGAUUGAUUUUUCAACAUUUUGUUUUAUUCCGUUUUCAAUUAUGGUAGCGUGCAACGUAAAAAUAAUCUACGAAAUGACCAGUUCCCAAAGAAAACUUGGAUUCUUUCGAACACCAACAUUAGCACCAAGGCUCAGUAGCCCAUUGGCACGAGAUGCUCAUUCAGAUCUGAACGCUCAAUCUAUGACGAUGCUAGACACAACGCAAACAAGUGAAAUGUUGUCACAAGAGACAUUACCACGGACACCAUCUUUAGCAACAAAGCUUGAUAGCCCGUUAACACGAAGAAGUAACUCAGAUUUGACCGUUCAAUCCAUAACAAUACACGACGCAACGCAAACAAGUGAAAUGUUGUCACGUGAAAUUACGUCACAAAUGACGUCGCGGCAGACAUCGCGGCAGACGUCAAAGGUCAAAAAUCGUUCACCAGCUCGAAGGAUUUCUACACUUACAGUUAUGCUUCUAACAGUAAAUGGUGUUUUUCUCAUUACAACAUCACCAAUCAUGGUGUUUUUGAUUGGACAAACGUAUUGGUUUUCUGAUGAAACACAAGAAGAAAUAGCCUGGCAGAAUUUCUGGUGGGCUGUUGUUAAUAUUUUACAGUAUAUUAACAAUUCUAUUCAUUUCUUUCUAUACUGCUUAACAGGCCAGAGGUUUAGAAAAGAGCUGAGGGUUAUGCUGAGAAAUCAUAAAAUAACUAUUAAAAAAGGAACAACUCGGAGAUUACUAGUAAUUAAUAACGUUUUAAAUCAUAUAAGACUUCGAUUCUCACGUGUUUUAUCAAAUUAACUGUGUAUAACCUUACAUCCAGAUCUUUUUUUUUAAA